UGUUUUUUGCUGUUCAAUAGUGCGAGACAUUCCAAGAACACUGUAGGAAGCACACGUUCCACGGGAGGUAAAGCCGGCCAACCCCACAAGCCCACUGACGUGUAUGAUUUUUCUGAGAAUUCUGGAAUCUCGAGCAUGGGCAGGAUGAAUGAAAAUGAGAAAGAUGAAGAACCUUAUGAAUCCUUUGAGCCUCCUCUACACAGCACUGCUAUCUACAGCGAUGAAGCUGAGCUCUCCAAGCACUGUGGGUCCUUUAUCCCUUCACCUCCGCGAGGACGAGAAGCAAGAAGGAGUUCGAACACUUCUGAAACUGAAGAAAGUGAAAACGAGCCUGUGAAAGUUAGUGCAAAAAAGCGAGGAAGAAAACUCAAGCCCAUUAGUGAUGAAUCUGAAAGCUGCAAUGAAAGGGAUAAACCAGAGAAAAUAGGUAGCCAGCGACCUGAAGCUGUGUCGUCUUCAGAACUUUCGGAGAAGUCAGCUGAACUUGGCACUUCUAAAAAGAGGGAGGCCCGGGCCACCAGCUGGCGGGGCAAUCAAUCGGGGGGCUCCACGAUCGCCCCAAAGGGAGGCCCAGGCCACGAACUGGCAGACUAUGGCGGUAUGUCUGACUGUGCACGUAUUUGGUGUCUACAAGGAAAGCAAAGCAGUGACAUCAUGGACUUAGAUGUUGUUUUGUCAGCAUUUGAGGAAACCCUCCCCGAGUAUAAACAAAAUAUAGAAUCUAAAAUUUGCCAGGAAGCAGUCGGCAAAUUCCAUUCUAGUAUGAAAGAAGAACUCAUCAGAAUGCUUGCGGAAGUCCAGAUGUUGAAAACUCUGAGGAGGAGGAAUGCUAAGACGAUUUCAGAUAUUGAAAAGAAAAGGCAGCGUUUGGUUGAAGUCCAGGAUGAACUGCUUUGUUUAGAACCACAGCUGAAACAACUACAAACAAAAUAUGAUGAACUUAAGGAGAGAAAAUCUUCUCUGAAGAAUGCAGCAUGUUUCUUAUCUAAUUUAAAGCAGCUUCAUCAAGAUUAUUCAAAUAUUCAGGAGAGACAACCAAAUGUAAAGGAAACGUAUGACUCAUCCAGCCUCCCAGCGCUGUUAUUCAAAGAAAGAACUCUCUUAGGAGCCGAAAGCCAUCUGCAAAAUAUCAACCAUCAAUUGGAGAAACUCCUUGCCCAGAAAUGAGACCAGUCUGCUAGAACAUGCCUGCCUGGGUACAGAUGAGUCCCACGCUCCUGCUGCCUUCCAAAGCUCCUGCUUAUUGCUGAAGCAACACUCUUGAUAGAUGUAAGAAAGUAAACGUGUCUAGUUGUUCAGGCUGGUGCGCGGCCGUGUCACCAGUUUGACUGUACAGUAGCUCGAGAGGACAUAAUUAACUUGCCAGGUUAGUGUCCUGAGUGAUAAGUUAACCUAUAAAUACGCAAAAUUAGCUGAUGUGCAUACAGACUAACUUUGGUUAAUCAAUAAGAGAUUUCUACUGAAUUUAAGUACACUGACUCUAAUUUUCAAUAAAACUGGUUUACUUCAGUAAAAACCAAGAAUUGGAAUGCAAAAUGAUAAAAUUUAGUUGAUAUUAACAGAUUUAACAAGUUACUGUAAUUUAAUCUGUCUUCAGGCAAAUUACAACCUGGUUAUAAGUGCAUGGUUAAUUAGCUAUUCUGUAAUACUUCCACAAUUACUUCGUCAGGAAUUUCAUCCACUCCACCAUUAUAACUGGAAAGGCUGUUCUCUGCAGCUUCUGCUAAUUCAGCAUCCUCAGUAGCUUCCAAGAAAUAAGUAUCAUCAGGGCCACUGUCCCAGUCAGGGUCAGAGCACACACCUCCUGACGAUGCGCUGGAUGAUGGCACAUGAAGGCUCUGGAUCCCAUCGUCCAUGGUUUCCUGUGUUGUAAACUCUUCUUCCUUUAGUUCCAAAGAGAAGGACGGGAUAGAAGAAAACACUGUAUUCAUUCAGAAUAUGUGAUGAUUUCAUGGAGCAACCUGUGUUGGAUUAAGGUAUAAAACCAGUACAGCAGAUAUCCAAGUGAAUAUGCUACAUGGUGGGGUUUUUGAUACCGUCACCUUGAGAGUGAACUCCUUUGUUCAAAUAUUGCUGCCACUGUCGCCAGAACAUACUGGAAAUGCCUGCAAUUCCUACGAUACAUCCUGUUCAAUAAAAACAGGCGGCCUACAGCAGGGCUAGGUUGAUUUUUUUUUUUUAAGUGGAUAGCCCAGCUGAAGGCAAAUUGGAAAGCAGAUCUAUCUGAACAGACUUAAAGAAACAGUUUAGACAAUUGUCAAAAUGUGACUGGAUUGUAUAUUAGAUAAUAGUAUUGUGUCAACAUUAAAUUUUCUGAAUUUAGUAAAAUGCUCUUAUUCUCCAGCUACAUGCUUAAAUAUUAAGAGAUGAAGGGUUUGAAGUUUGCAGCCUUCUUUCAAGAGAUUUGUUAAAAUUGACUGUUAAAUCCU